AUGGUCGGGGAGAACGUUCGUCUGCCUACUUUGGCUGUUCUUAUUCCAUUAAUCUUUUUAUCAGGACUGUUCUCUUUUGUGGAAGAAAAUUUCCCACAGUGCUGCACUAGCACAGGCAGUGUUUGUUUUAGCCCACUCUUGCCAACUUCCACACCAGUGUAUGUGUUCUUCUGCCUUCCGACCUGGAUGGGUGUUAAACCCUUCAGGCAUAAUUAGUGCAACCACAGUCAAGAUAAUGUAUAUAGUAACAGGAGUCUUGGGCAAAUAUCUGUGGAUACUCUAGAUACAAACCCAUUUGGUUUAUAGGAAGGCUGCGUUGUCUUUCUCUCAAGCUUAGAACUAUGGGGCACACUGCAGCUUUUUUGUACUUUCGUUCUGCCCUCAUUUUUUUUAAAGAUUUUCACUUACAGCUACUGUAUCUGAAGAAACAUUAGAACAAAAUGUCUCAAUGGAGAUUAACACCUUUAGUCAUCUGA